UCGCUUAGAAAAACCCUAGCUCGUUACGGGAACCCUAAGCAGGUGCAUUUCCCUCGAUUUUCUCCGCCUCGUCUGCUCGUCCCGGCGGCAGCGGCACUAGAUCAAAGAUGAAGUUCAACAUCGCAAAUCCUACUACAGGAUGCCAGAAGAAGCUUGAAAUCGACGAUGACCAGAAACUCCGAGCAUUUUUUGACAAGAGGAUCUCACAGGAGGUUAGUGGAGAUGCUCUUGGUGAGGAAUUUAAGGGUUACGUUUUCAAAAUUAUGGGAGGCUGCGACAAGCAAGGAUUCCCCAUGAAACAGGGAGUGCUAACCCCUGGUCGUGUUCGUCUCUUGCUACACAGAGGCACACCUUGCUUCCGUGGAUAUGGCAGACGCAAUGGAGAGCGGCGGAGGAAGUCUGUCCGUGGAUGCAUUGUCAGCCCAGACCUCUCAGUUCUGAACUUGGUUAUUGUGAAGAAGGGUGAGAAUGACCUUCCAGGAUUGACUGAUACUGAGAAACCAAGAAUGAGGGGUCCAAAGAGGGCAUCAAAGAUCCGGAAACUCUUCAAUCUCUCUAAACAAGAUGAUGUUCGGAAGUAUGUCAACACAUACCGCCGAACCUUCACCACUAAAUCUGGGAAAAAGUGCAGUAAAGCUCCCAAGAUACAGAGGCUGGUGACACCAUUGACUCUGCAAAGGAAGAGGGCUAGGAUUGCCGAUAAGAAGAGGAGAAUUGCUAAAGCCAAAUCGGAGGCAGCCGAGUAUCAGAAGCUUCUUGCCGGCAGGUUGAAGGAGCAACGGGAACGCCGAAGUGAGAGCUUAGCAAAGAAGAGAUCAAGGCUCUCUGUUGCCUCUAAGCCAUCUGUUGCAGCUUAGAUCGGUGCUUUAGUGAAUAUAUAGGAGUUAUUGGCUAGAGAAAUCUUGAUUUCUCUUGUCCAUUGUGAUUUUGUCUGGUGCUGGUGCUUUUAGGUGUUUUGGUAUUGUUUGAUGUUCAAGUAACUGAGACUAUUACUUUUGUCGGAAACGUAAUUUCUUGGUUGGUUUAUAAAUUUAGAACAUUGCUAAUCGAAUUAUGUUCAGAACAAAA